AUUCGCGGUUUUAUUUUUAUGGUUUUGUGAUAGAAACAAGAAUUUAAAAGAGUUCAAUCAAACUGAUUAGCUCUUGUUCUUUUUGUAUAAUUUGCUUAGUUUUGUCUCGGUCUUUGUAUUUUAAAUAAUUAUGUCGGAUAAAGAACCAAGGAGGAGGAAAAAGAGAAAAGAUACGCAACCGCCAAGAAAAGUUCAUUUUUCAGAGGAUGUACAUACAACAGAUGAUCACUUCUUCAUGCCUUCAAAAUCAGAAGGCAAAGAUUCUGAUCAAGAAUUGGAAGAAGAAGUUGUGAUUCCCACACAUCAGCCAAGUGUCUUUGCCAAAUUCGUUUUUGUGUUACUGUUUUCUGGUUUAGUUGUUUCUCUGAGCUUCAUUUUUAUAUCAUUACAUGGAACAGACAGGGGAGAAGUAGAUAUUUUUAAUGGCCAUUCUGAAGAAAUUGAAGUUCCUCAUGAUGAACACGACUUUCAUGAUCAUGAACAUCACGACCAUGAUAUUCACGACCAUGAAGAAGAAGAAUCAUUACAAGAAAAUAUUGCGGAUUAUUUCCCAAGUAUAGGCAGCAUCUUAUCUUUUAAUGAUGAACAUUCAAAAGAAUCAGUUAAAGAAUCUUUUAGUGAUAAUGUUGGGGAAACGGAUUCAUCAGAUGAACAGCUGUCUGAACCGCCUGCACCAAGUUCUACCGACGAAUACAUUAGUUCAACAAAUGAAAAUAGUAUAGAAAGUGAUGUGGAAGAUACUGAACAAAGUAUAGAAAUACCCAUAACAACAGAAACACAUACAGAUACAUUAGAAGAACCAGAAUCUGUGUCUUUCCAAUCUGAUGCUUCCCAUGAUGAAGUUUCCUAUGAACAGGAUUAUGAAAUAUCUCCUGAACAUGAACCUGAGGUUGAGAAACAGGAUGAUGAAGAAACCUCUGAAAACAUAAUUGAAUAUUCAGACUCUUCUAAUUAUGUAACAGAAGCAGAACCUCCUGAAUCGGUUACAGAAAGCUAUACAUCCUCAGUUGAUGAUAUUUUGCCCACAACACCUGCAGCUGAAUCAAAAGAUGAGCAUCCAUUUGAUCAAGAUGAUAUUGAUUCUGAUGAUUUUAUUGAUGCACCACCUGAAAAUACAGUGGAAGAAGAAGUUACUUAUUAUGAAAAAGAAUCUAUAACUAAUGAAGAGGAUUUUAAAAUCAGAGAGCAAUUAGAUGAGUUGGAUGAAAUCCUGCAAAAAUCCCCUGAAAGAGCUUUACGGAAAUGUGAAGAGUUGCUGCAGUCACAGAAACAAAGUCCUCGACUCCAUUAUGUGAAGGCUCAAGUUCUGGAUAAGUUAGCUGAAACACAGCGCAGCAAUAAACUACUUGAAGAAGCUAUAGCACAAUACCAAAAAGUGAUGUCAAUUAAAAAUGUACCUGAAGAAUUAUAUUUGAUAGCUGGAAAACGAGCUGCAGAUAGGAUGCGAUUUAGAGGAUUUUUAGGUCGAUGUGUAAAACUGUUAUCAGAAAUGGCAGAAAAAUAUCCUCAAAAUACAGAUGUUAAGAAUUUACUUGCAGUUGGUUAUUUAAUGAUAGGACAGAAUAAAGAAGCCAAGAGAGUAUUAUCUGAGGUCCUGAAAGUGAAACCUGAUUCCGGUUUUGCGAAAGUUCAUCUUGGUUUCAUUUUGAAAACAGACGACUCCAAAUAUACAGAAGCUGCACAACUGUUGAGUGAGGGUAUUGCUACUCGAGAAGAAGGAGUUAUUGAUGGCAGAUUUUUCUUCCACCUGGGAGAUGCUUUGUAUAGAAUUGGCAAACAGGAUGAGGCUAUGAAAGUGUAUAAAGAUGGUGUUCAAGAAGGCUUGUUUUUAUCUGAGUAUCAAAGAUCAUUAUAUAACGUAAAUGGUCUGACUGGCAAACCUUGGUGGGAUCCAAUGAAGACAACAUAUGGUCCUUAUUUCAAAAUUUUAGAAAAAAAUUGGAUAUCUAUACGCGAUGAAGCUUUGUCACUUACCAAUGAAAAAAAUUCUGGUUUCUUACCUGAAACUGAAGGAUUACAAGAUACAGGGGAUUGGAAACAAUUUGAAUUAUUUGCCAGAGGACGGAAAGUUGAAAAAAAUUGCUUGAAAGCUCCCAAGACCUGUUCACUUAUAUCACAGUUUCCAGAUGCAGUUAACUGUAAGAGGGGACAAGUGAAAUUUUCUAUUAUGCAGCCACAAACUCAUGUUUGGGCACACACUGGUCCAACUAAUUGCCGCUUAAGAGCUCAUUUAGGUCUUGUGAUACCAGAAGGAACUAGUAUCAGAGUUGCAACUGAGACAAGAACAUGGGAAGAAGGCAAAGUAAUCCUGUUUGAUGACUCCUUUGAACAUGAAGUUUGGCAUAAUGGAACUGAAUCUCGACUAGUCUUAAUUGUGGAUUUUUGGCAUCCAGAGUUGACAGCUUAUCAAAAGAAAUCCUUAACCCCUAUCUGAAAGAGCACUACAGCUCUAAUUGUGAUACAAAAUAAUCAAGAGCUUUAAAAACUACAGAUAAAUUUUUAUUUUAUUAGGCAGCUGUGCAUUUAAAAGAAGUAAGCUUAUAACUUAGUCUAGUAACAUAUGUUUUUAAGCUGAUUUGUGUUAAAUAUCCAUUAUUAAAAUCUGGAAUGAAAGUGAAUAUUUUUAUGUUUUGAAGAUAUUAAUUACUAUUAUAACUACUGAUUGUUCUUAUCUUUAUGGAAAGGAAAAGAUAUAAAAAUUUUGCAGUUUAGAUUAUAUAAUUGCAAUCCAUUUGAACUUGAGUUUGAAUGACAGAUGUUUGUGAUUCCAUUUCUUGGAAUUGAAGGGGGGGGGGAUACUCUAGUUACGUUUGCAUAAAAUUGUAAUUGUUAUUGAUAUUUUUUUUGUAGUUUUUAGGAAUUAUCUAAAUGAAUAAAAGAUAAUUAAAAACAGAUAAGUUCAUUACUAUUUAAAAUGUGUUGAAUUAUAAUUAAAACAGAAUCAAAUGUAAUUUUAAGUAUUGAAAAUGUGAUAUAACUCUGCCAUAUUUUUCACAAGUUUGAUGUAAUGAAACUUAAUUUUUAAAAUGUAUGUAGAUAUAUAUUUAUAUAUAAUAUAAUGAAAGCACUUUUCAUUUUUGUGCCAAUUUAAAUGUGUAUGAAGAGAUUUUAAUUUUUUUAAAACACUUGAAAGUGUUGUCUUUGUUAACAACAUUAUAUAAUAUAAGUUUUAAUAAAUACUAACAGUUUUUAUAAGUUGAUAAAAUUGUAAUUUCUUUUUCUUAUUUUUAUUACUUAAACCAGUUGAAGUAAAGGAAAUGUUUAUUUUUAAAUAAAAAUGCAACUAUUAUUCAUGUAGUGCAGCUUUUAGAGUUUAAAGUGAAUGUGUUAAGAAUUUCAUUUGUAAAUGUCUUUUCAUGUUAGCUUUAUACUUUGUGAAGUGUUUUCAUAAUAAAGCAUAUCAUUUAUUGUAAAAGAAUUAAGUGAAAUACUAAAUUGUUUCCCAAAGUGCUAUGCAUUGUUAUACGAGAUGGAUAUUCCCUGAUUGUUAUUGAUGGAUUUUUUAAUAAAUAUUUUUUUGUAUGAAA